AUGGACACAGCACAAAGACUCAGAUAUGCUGUAUCACACAAUAAGCUGCCUACGGUCAAGCUCAUUCUGGAAAAACAGCCAGAGCUGCUCGUGAACACCAACAUUUCUAACGGCUGGUCGAACCUGCAUUACGCCGCUUAUCAUGGCCACUACCAGAUCUGCGUGUACCUAGUGAAUUUAGGGCACGACCGAGACGAAAUCUCACGAAACCACCACAAUGAUACUGCAAUGCAUCUCGCCGCAUCCCAGAACCAAGAGCAGACACUGCACUAUUUGGCUCAGCACUACUCACGAGCGAUUGACUGGCUCAACGCAGACCACCACACCCCGCUCAUGCUGGCGGUCAUUUGCGGCCAUGACCCUUGCGUGGCAAUUCUGCUAGAUUUCGGCGCCGACAUCGACCGCGGAGACGCUUUCAACACCCGCCCUAUCCAUGUAGCAGCGGCUCGUGGACAUGUCAAAAUCAUCCGUACCCUGGUGGACCGCGGAGCCGACACAGUGACGUUGAACGAUAAAGGAUGGUCACCGCUAGAUUACAGCUCGACCUUCCAGGUGCGAGGCUACCUCAACACCCUGGUAAAAGAGCUUCGCCGCCCCCCGGCUCUCACCAUUGCGGGGCUGGGCAACUUUGGGCCAUCUACACCUAUUCAAACGACAUUUGACGAGUAA